GCCAAUCGGCGCGCAUGACGUCGCGGGCGGCCGAGGAGCCGGGCUGCCGCUGCCCGCCGCUCUCAUCCUGCUUCCCCCGCUCGGAGGAGAUGGAGGCGGCGGCGGCGGCGGCGGCGGAGGAGGAGGCGGCUGCGCGGCUCCGGCUGCACCUGGUCACCUGGAACGUGGGCACCGCGCAGCCCCCCGGGGAGGUGGCCGCCCUCCUCGGCCUCGGCGCCCCGGAGCCGCCCGUGGACCUCUACGCCAUCGGCUUACAGGAGGUGAACUGCCGGAUCCUGAGCUUCAUCUCCGACCUGGCCUUCGAGGACCCCUGGACGGCCUCCCUGACGGCAGCGCUCGCCCCGCUGGGCUACGUCCGGGUGUCUUCCAUCCGCAUGCAGGGCAUCCUCCUGCUCCUCUUCUCCAAGCAAGCCCACCUGCCCUUCAUCCGGGGUGUGCGGAGCCAGUUUACCCGCACCGGCCUGCACGGCUACUGGGGCAACAAGGGAGGGGUCUCCAUCCGCCUGUCCCUCUACGGCCACUCGGUCUGCUUCCUGAACUGCCACCUGCCGGCCCACCAGGAGAACGCCAAGCAGCGCCUGGACGACUUUGAGCACAUCCUGGAGAUGCAGCAGUUCGAAGAGAAGGCCUUCCCCUCCGCCCUGGACCACGAGCUCCUCUUCUGGUUUGGCGAUCUGAACUUCCGGAUCGAGGACUAUGGGCUGCACUUUAUCCGAGAAUCGAUCAGCAGCAGUCGCUUCAAUCUCCUCUGGGAGAAGGACCAGUUAAACAUGGCCAAGAAGAAGAAGUUCUUCCUCCAGGAGUUCUCGGAAGGUCCCCUGAAGUUCAAACCCACCUACAAGUUUGACCUGCACUCGGAUGAAUACGACACCAGUGAGAAGAAACGGAAGCCCGCCUGGACCGAUCGGAUCCUGUGGAGAGUGAAAUGUCUUCCGUGCUCCAAGCCGAAGGAGGUGCCCAGGGAGGGAGGGGUUUCCCUGUCCCUGGGCAGCUACACCAGCCACAUGGACUACAACAUCAGUGAUCACAAGCCGGUCACUGGCACCUUUGAGCUAAAGGUGCAGCCCCUGCAGGAGGAGCCCCUAGUGGUGCUCUGCCCGGUGGGCACCUGGAGUGCUGGGCAGGACGCCACGGUCAGCUACGUCACCGCUCCAGAAUUUGCCAGCAGCGCCUGGGACUGGAUUGGCCUCUACAGGGUGUCCUUCCGACAUGUGAACAACUACGUCACCUACGUCUGGGUGCAGGACAAUGAGAUUUCCGCCGAGGACGGGGCCAAGCAGGUUUAUCUCGGGGCCGAGGGCCUCCCCAACGCGGGGGGAGAAUUCCUCCUGGGGUACUACAGCAACGCGCUGCGGUCCCUUGUGGGCCUUAGCCAGCUGGUCCAGGUCCAGCCAAGCCCGAAGUCAGCUGAGCAGCAGGCGGGCUGGUCUGGGUCCAGCAGCGCAGAACGCCUUCCUUGCGAGAGGCCGCCCUGUGACUUCUGAGCCUCCUUCGGCACCCCCAUGUGCAUUGUGGGGCACCCCGGCUUCAGCCUCCGGAGCAGCGUGGCUCAUCUUGCCGCACCUCUGGAGGGCCCUGCCUCCCUUUGGCAGAAAAGAGCCGGGACAGAGCCAGUUUCCCAGCAGGGGCGACGGUUUCCUUCUGCCCCGGCUGACGGCUGCCGCCCCGUUUUCCAAGUGCCUCUUAGGAUCUGUGCGCUUCACUGCAACGUUAAGGAGUCGCUGCUGGCACUUAUUUGAAACCUGGGAUUGUAGGACUUUUAUGAAAUUGUAAAGCUUUUAGAACUGAAAUACAUUUUAUUGUAGAAAAUGGGGAGGCUGUUAUUCUUUGACCAUUUGUCUCGAAAUGGGCCCCGCACCUUCCUCCAAAGCCUGGAUGCAGGCAGGAGGGCCCGACCCAGGGGCAGCUUAGGGGGCACCUUAGGCUUUGGAGCCAGGCGCAGGGGGGUCUCGUCCUGCUGCAGCCCUCUGGCUCCUUGGGCAUUUGGGCUUUUCAGUUGGGGCUUUUCUGAGAGCUGCAGCUCAAGUGGUAACACACCGAGAUCUCUCUCCCAGGCCCUGCGGCUGAGCCAAGAAUUGCCUGUCCUCUCUCUGGGCAUCUUCUUCUUCCUGCUGCUAAGUGCAGCCCCUUCCUUUUCUCACCCCUGGGGUGCGUCUCAGUGGGUUGGGCCCCAUGCUCAAGACUGUGUGGAGAGUCUCAGUGGGUUGGGCCCCAUGCUCAAGACUGUGUGGAGAGUCUCAGUGGGUUGGGCCCCAUGCUCAAGACUGUGUGGAGAUGCUUCUGAAUUUUCAGCCUCUUCUUCCAAAGUGUUAGCAAUCCCCCCCCCCCAACCUACUGUUUUCUGCAAACCUGAUGAGUUUCCCCUCCUGUCCCCUCAGCUGAAACAUGAAGGUGUUGAAGAGAACCGGCCCAAGACAGAAACCCCACUGCGCACUUCCCUCCAUGUAGACUCAGCUCCUCGGAGAACCACACGCUGAGUGCAGUUGUUCGGCCACUGACCCACCCAUGGUGGUGAUGCCAUCCGUCCCCUGUUGCUCCCUCUUACCAAGAAGUCGGCUGCAUUCUGCUCUGUCAAAUGCCCUGCUGGAGUCCCAGUGUAGGAUAUUCACAGCAUUCGCCUGAUCUGCCAAUUUAGUCACUUCACUUCAAAGAAAGCAGUAACGCUUCUUUGGCCUAUGAGCUGCUUUUAACAAACGCUUGCCGGCUCCCAGGAAUCUCGCCUCCUUCAUUUCUGAGUGCUGGAUUGCGUUUUCCAGAUUUUCCCAGGUGUUGAUGUCAGGCUUUUUGGCCUGUGGUUUCCUAGAUCUCCUCCUUGCCCUUUUUGGAGGUUGGGGCCACAUCAGCUCUUUUCUGCCCCCUCUGGGGCUCUGGGAGAUUCGGUCCAGUGGUUCUGAAAUCACAUCUGCCGGCUCCUUCAAAAGCCUGAAAUGGAAACCCUUGCCAGAAGCAGACAGCCGCUCUCUCUCUCGCUAAAUCCUCCCCUGUCUCUUUCUGUCUCCCACGGUGAUGCUUUUGAUAGGUUGGACUGCUUCCCCCCCCCCCCUUUGUGUAAAAACAGAUGUAAAGUCCGAAAUUAAGUAGUUCUUCUUUUUUCUUGUCACCUGUCAUCUUCACCCACUAAGUGGACCAAUCAUUUCAUUGACUUUCCUCUUGGUGCUCAUAUGUUGAAAAAAAAGCUUAUUUUUGGCAUUUGUUCCUCUUUCGGAGUCUUAACGUUCUUUUUUACUCCUCACUUUCUUUCUUUUUUAUUGAAGAAUUUAAAAAACAAGCUUUUACAAAUAUUUGCUUCCCUCCCCUCCAAACCCUCCUCAACCUUCCCCCCCCCCCGACUUCCCAGAACCAAUACAAGGUAUAAAUCUUUAACAAAAACAUGC